CCCUCCGACUCUCCUGUCGUGCUGUUCGCCGCGCGACGGCCCCCGGCCCGGAGACCCCAGACCCGCGCACCGCCGACCCACCGCGGCCCGCUCGCCCGGCGCCAUGGCCUCCUCGACCGCCGCCGCCGCCGCCGCGGCCCCCGCCUUGCAGCGAGGCAUCGUCAAGAUGGUUCUUUCAGGCUGUGCCAUCAUAGUUCGAGGACAGCCGCGCGGAGGACCACCUCCCGAGAAACAGAUCAAUCUCAGCAACAUCCGGGCCGGGAAUCUCGCACGCCGGGCCGCAGCAGGGCAGCCGGACAGCAAGGACACGCCGGAUGAGCCCUGGGGAUUUCCGGCCCGUGAGUUCCUGCGGAAGAAGCUCAUUGGGAAGGAGGUGUGCUUCACGGUGGAGUACAAGACCCCACAAGGCCGCGAGUAUGGAAUGGUCUACCUGGGCAAAGAUACAACCGGGGAGAACAUUGCGGAGUCGCUGGUGGCAGAAGGACUGGCCAGCCGCCGGGAGGGAAUCCGUGCCAGCAACCCCGAGCAGAGCAGAUUGGCCGAGCUGGAGGAGCAAGCCAGGAUUGCCAAGAAGGGCAUGUGGAGCGAAGGGUCAGGUGCUCACACGGUGCGGGACCUCAAGUACACCCUGGAGAACCCCCGCCACUUCGUGGACUCCAUGCACCAGAAGCCUGUGAAUGCCAUCAUCGAGCACGUCCGCGACGGCAGCGUGGUCCGAGCCCUGCUUCUCCCCGACUACUACCUGGUCACGGUCAUGCUUUCCGGCAUCAAGUGCCCCACGUUCAAGCGGGAGGCGGACGGCACGGAGACGCUGGAGCCCUUCGCGGCGGAGGCCAAGUUCUUCACGGAGUCGCGGCUGCUGCAGCGAGAUGUGCAGAUCGUCCUGGAGAGCUGCCACAACCAGAACAUCCUGGGCACGCUCCUGCACCCGAAUGGGAACAUCACGGAGCUGCUCCUGAAGGAGGGGUUUGCGCGCUGCGUUGACUGGUCCAUUGCCGUCUACACGCGAGGUGCUGAGCAGCUGCGAGCGGCUGAAAGGUACGCGAAAGAGCGCAAGCUGCGGAUCUGGAGGGAUUAUGUGCCCCCCACAGCCAGCCUGGAUCAGAAGGACAAGCAGUUUGUGGCCAAGGUGAUGCAGGUGCUCAAUGCGGAUGCCGUUGUGGUGAAGCUCAGCUCCGGGGACUGUAAAACCAUCCACCUAUCCAGCAUCCGCCCACCUCGGUUGGAAGGUGAAGCUGCCCAGGACAAGAACCGGAAGCUCCGCCCCCUCUAUGACAUCCCCUACAUGUUCGAGGCCCGGGAGUUCCUGCGCAAGAAGCUGAUCGGCAAGAAGGUGAACGUCACAGUGGACUACAUCCGGCCGGCCAGCGGUGCGACGGACACCGUGCCCGCCUUCUUGGAGCGCACCUGUGCCACGGUCACCAUCGGCGGCAUCAACAUCGCAGAAGCCCUGGUCAGCAAGGGGCUGGCCACAGUCAUCCGCUACCGGCAGGACGACGACCAGCGUUCCUCGCACUACGACGAGCUGCUGGCAGCCGAGGCCCGGGCUAUAAAGAAUGGCAAGGGACUGCACAGCAAGAAGGAGCUGCCGAUCCAUCGGGUGGCCGACAUCUCUGGGGACACCCAGAAGGCCAGGCAGUUCCUGCCCUUCCUGCAGCGAGCCGGCCGCUCGGAGGCUGUGGUGGAGUUCGUCUUCAGCGGCUCGCGCCUCAAGCUGUACAUGCCGAGGGAGACCUGCCUCAUCACCUUCUUGCUCGCAGGCAUCGAGUGCCCCCGAGGAGCGCGGAACCUGCCCGGCCUCGUCCACGAGGGGGAGCCCUUCAGCGAGGAGGCCACGCUCUUCACCAAGGAGCUGGUGCUGCAGCGCGAGGUGGAGGUGGAGGUGGAGAGCAUGGACAAGGCCGGGAACUUCAUUGGGUGGCUGCACAUCGACGGUGUCAACCUCUCGGUGGCCCUGGUGGAGCAGGCGCUCUCCAAAGUGCACUUCACGGCGGAGCGCAGCAACUACUACAAGCCCCUGGUGGCCGCCGAGGAGGCCGCCAAGCAGAAGAAGGAGAAGGUGUGGUCGCAGUACGAGGAGGCCCCUGCGGAGGACGUGGUGGCCGUCCCCGAGGAGAAGGAGCGCAGCGUCAGCCACAGGCCUGUUUUCGUCACCGAGAUCACGGACGAGCUGCACUUCUACGUGCAGGACGUGGAGACAGGAACGCAGCUGGAGAAGCUGAUGGAGACCAUGCGGAGCGAGCUGGCCGCCCGGCCACCCGUGGAGGGCUCGUACACGCCGCGCCGCGGGGACUUCUGCAUCGCCAAGUUUGUCGACGGAGAGUGGUACCGAGCGCGUGUGGAGAAGGUGGAGGCCGCGAGCAAAGUGCACGUCUUCUACAUCGACUAUGGCAACAAGGAGACGCUGCCCUCCGCCCGCCUGGCCGCCCUCCCGCAGGCGUUCAGCACCCGCAUCCUGCCCGCCCAGGCCUCCGAGUACAAGUUCGCCUUCAUCCAGGUGCCGCAGGAUGAGGAGGCCCGGGCAGAUGCGGUGGACAGCCUGGUCCGGGACAUCCAGAACACGCAGUGCCUGCUGAAUGUGGAGCACGCCGGCCCCGGCUGCCCCCACGUCACGCUGCAGUUCGCCGACUCCAAGGGCGACGUGGGGCUGGGGCUGGUGAAGGAGGGGCUGGUCAUGGUGGAGCCGCGCAAGGAGAAGCAGUUCCAGAAAGUGAUUACGGAGUACCUGAAUGCCCAGGAGGUGGCCAAGAGUGCCCGGUUGAACUUGUGGCGUUACGGAGACUUCCGGGCGGACGACGCGGACGAAUUUGGCUACAGCCGCUGAGCGCCCGCCCAGCCAGCGCCCGGCCCCGCACCUCGCUCGCCCGGCCCGUUCGCACCAUCCCGAACGCCGCCCGCCCGGCUGACCGCCCAGGGGCCGCUCCGGCAGCGGGGCCGGCGGCCUGGUUCGCCUCGCAGGAGCAAGCAGCUGGGGCGGCAGGACCCCCCGCCCCCCACCGGGCCCGGCCCGGCCCUCUUCCAGGCGGGCUGCAGGGGGAGAGCGCCGCUCUGUGCAAAGCUUUGGAAGCCAAUAAACGUAGUGAGCAGCUGG